AUGCGUAUUAAAUUAAUAAAAUCAUUUAAACAAAUCCUCUCAGGAAUAUUCAAAAUAUCUAUUCCCAAACAUCGAUUAGAAUCACCAGCACACAUACCAUCAACGAAUCAUCUCUCUCUACCACAAAUACAAAACGAAAAUCUAAAGCUUGCAGCAUUACUACAUCCGAGCUAUCCGGAUCACGAAAAAAAAAUCAAAAGCACAUUAUCCACAAAUUUUUACAGAUUGGCAUUUAGAGGUGACGCCGCGUUGAAUUACAACGUAGCAAAAUAUUUGCUUCGAGAAUUUCCAGAAGCACAACAAGGCAGAUUAACCGAAUUACGCGCAGAGAUUGUUAGUCGUAAAAACUUGGCAGAGUAUUGUCGUCGUACGGGACUUGAUAAAUGUAUUUUGAUUCAGGAAGGACCUUUAAAAUUGAGGAACAAUGAAUCUGUUCUUGCUGAAUCUAUGGAGGCCUAUAUUGGUGCGUUGGAUUUGGAAUUAUUUGAACGUGAAGAGCGACAUAAAAAAAGUGUAAUUGAUGAAAUUACGCAGCAGAUUGCAAAUUUUAAUUCUACGAAUUGGAAAUGA